AUGUCAUUACCAAACAAUGAGAUCGUUUGGCUUCAUGCUACUCCUGCAGUAGCUAAUCUUUACUACCAUCUUCAUUUCAAACAAACACAUGACAUUUAUUGUCCCGAUCUACAUUUGGAUUUACCACGCAUUAGACCUAUGGUUCUUUCUUUAGCGAGCCAUCUCGAUACUCAUAGCAACCGCCCACUUGUAAUCUAUUUUAUGGAAGCACACUCGAGUAUCAAAAUAAGAGAUUUUUUGAAAUUCCUUUGUCAGCUUCGUUCUACUAUCCACAUCAUCCAUUGCGUUAUUCGAUCAGGCCUAUUUCAAUCCAAGCUCUUACUUGGAUCUGCAGCCUAUCUACUGAAUACAUAUCGCAGUCAUCCAAAAGUUCUCGAAUGGAGCAAGCAGUGCAGUGUUCCAUUCACAGAUGCCUAUGCAGAUAUCGUAUUGCCAAAAGAACAGAUUGUGUCCCACCAAGAUCUUCCUCUGUCUACCAUUGCAGACCCACCAUUUUCACCAUUUACAAGACAGGCUUUAUUUGUAAAAAUAGAUAAAAAGUUUGGAACCUGGUCAGAAAACGAUGGUCUUGUAUUUCACUUUACAUUUCUCAAUGUUCUUCAGAGCUGGCAGAGUACAAUAUCCACAUCUAGACAAGCUUUAGUUAUGUUGAUUGAUGAAAAGGCAAUUUAUGGAGAUAUUCCUAAUUUUUUCGAGUUUUCUAUGGAAAAACAAGAAAAGAUACUAGAGUGUUACAGAAAUACUCUAAAUAAGUCAUUGGAACCAUUCUCGGUUGAUCAACCCAUACACUCUUAUUUUAAGGAUUAUCGUAAACCCAAAGAGACAAUUGGUGAGAGCAUGGCAUGGCUACAGGGUCUUCUUGGACUAUCAAUCUCUACAUCAAUUUAUCUCUCGAGUGUUGAAGAACCCGAUCAGUUUGUGGUUUGUCCACCUUACUUUAAAAACCUCUGUCGGAUAUACUUGAAUCAGCAAACCAAUCUUACAGCAGACGAAUGGACAAAUAAAUUCCUAGAUUUACAACAGAGUUCGAUUGAUUGCUUUGAUAGCCUGUACAUUGCAUUGCAUUGUAUUGCAUUGUAUUGCAUUGUAUUACAUAUCAUAAACAAAGAAACUCAGGCUUCUCAUUUCAGAAACUUACCGAACCCUGAAUCAAAGCAAGCUAGUCCCGAACCCAAACACGAGCCAGGUGCAUUAAUAAAAGAAGACUUCCGUAACCAAGGAAUUCAUUUUACAAUUAGAUCCUUUCCAAUCGAAAAACAUGAACCAAAGAACGAAAAAGAACAACCAAAAGAGCUUAUCUCGGAACAAAUAAGCUUAUCAAAAGACACAUAUGAACCCAAAGAACAAAUUCCUAUUGCUGGUAUCGGUCUCAAUUUAAGUGCUCAUCGCCAUCUACCAUCGACAUUCGAAACAAAGAAAGAAGCAAAAAAGAGAAAAAAAGGCGAUUUGCCUGAGAAAGUCUCAAAAGAUAGUGUUGAAUCUGGCGAGAAUGUAAAGCCAGAAAAGAAAACAGCCAAGCCUACUAGACCAAGAGCAACAACAAAGAAAAGACCGGCAGAAGAUCAGACGAUUCAUUCAGACAAUGGACAAGAUAUCUGUUAUGCUAAAGAUCCCAAGGAUGCCAAGUGCGACGAUGAUAGCCACGAAAUGAUCCCAAAAACCAAAAGAAAAUACACGCCAAGGAAGAAGGGUGUAAAUCAAACGGUCAUCAAGGGAGACGAUGAAGCGGCAGUGGAAGUGGCCAUGACAGAAACAGAACCUCAGAGUGUGUCAGAAAUACAAACAAAAAAGAAAAGAAAAUACACAAAGAAAACACCAAAGACGACAGUAGAAAUGACCGCAAAAGGAGACGAUCUAUUUACAAUGUUCUUUCUUGAAACAUACCAGCCCAAAGAAGGGUACACACCAAGGGAGAAUAUGGUUACAAAUGAAAAAUUCAAAGAGAGUGCAGGAAUGCAAAAAAAGAAGGGCGAUAUGUACCAAUGUGUGGAGUUCCCAGGAACACAACCUCUGGGGUCUACAAAAAAUGCAAACACAAAGGAGACCGAUUAUGACAGUGACGCGACGGACGAUGGAAGUGAUUUCAGAGAUAAUCAGACAUCUUUUAAUGUACCUCCUGCGCCUUCUGCACCUUCUGUACCUCAUGUGCCUUUAUCCCGCUCUUUUACAAACACUGAAUUGUCUACCGUGCAUGAUAGUUAUAGUUAUAGCCACACCAAUAAUCACAGCUACAGUUACAGCUUUAAUGAUAGUCAUCAUAUGGCCAAAUCUGAAUCAGAGAGACCGGCUGAUUAUGACAGCGAUGCCACGGAUGAUGGGACGGGUAACUGA